AUGACGACGUCCGUGGAGGAAGUCGCGAAGGACCAGGUCCUGAACCUGCCGGUCCACGCAGAGCGCCUGUCGUUUGGCUGCAGCUGGCACUUCGCCGACGGCAAGGCCUGCGACUAUGACCUCGCGGCGGUAAUGCUCGGGGCGGACGGCUCCCUGAUCGACGCGGUGUACCACGGCUGCCUGUCGGCGCGGGGCGCGUGCGUGCGGCACGCGGGCGACGACCGGACGGGCAUCGGGGCCGACAUCGAGGAAGACGAGGUCAUCUCGGUUUACCCCGCGAUGAUUCCCGCCGCGGUCAAGUCCAUUUUCUUCAUCCUGACGUCGCCCGGGCCCCACGCCGAGCCCGCGAGCAUCACCGACCCCGACGCGCUCAGGUUCUCGGUGUACUCGUUCGACCCGGCGCGCGCGGAGGAGGAGGGCGGCCCCCUGGAGGUCGUGCUGAAGAUGGCAGACAUCAAGCAGUUCCUGGACGAGUCGCCGAACGCCAACACGCUCGCGAUCUGCGCCAUGUCCCGCGUCUCCAACGGCUGGAUCGCCAAGUUCAUGGUCGAGGCCAACAAGUCCCCCACCUGGGCGGGCCUCCUCCCCACCCUCGUCGAACACAUGAAGGCGCUCCCGGAAGUCGACCAUUCGGCUCUCGUCGAGCACGCCGACGGCGAACCGCCCGAGGAGCUCCCGCUCAAGUUCGACGAGGGCGCGCUCGACAAGAUCGUCGACAUCCUGCACGGCGCCGGCCCCCCGGAGCUGCCCCCGCUCCCGAAGCCGCGCAAGCGCGGCGAGGACGGCGAGGAGGAGGAGGAGGAGGAGGAGGAGGAGGAGGGGGAGGAGGAGGAGGAGGGGGAGAAGCCGCCGGAGCUGCCGCACAAGGUGAAGAAGGUCCGGAUCGACCUGGGCUGGAAGGGCUGGCCGUGGAUCAAGCCGGAGAAGCCUCCGAAGCCGGAGCGGGCGGAGGGGGAGGAGGAGGAGGAGGAGGAGGAGGCAGAAGAAGAAGGGGAGGAGGAGGAGGCGCCGCCGCCGCCGGAGCUGGAGUUCCACGGGCUGGUGUUCAACGGCAAGGGCGAGCAGAUCGCGGCGGUGGACUCCGGGAGCACGGAGGCGGACGGCGUGCGCGUGCUGGGCCCGGAGGACAAGAAGUACAGGGACCCGGAGCUGGGCGAGGGGCGCGACGCGACGGGGUUCCCCGUGCGCGCGUGCAUCCUGGUCGACCUCGCCACGCUCCCGACGGAGGCGCUGAGCCUCGUGUUCGCGCUCAGCAACUUCGAGGCCGGGAUGCCGGACGUGCAGGCGCUCUUCUGCCGCGUCGUCGACGUGACGGAGCCGGACCGGCGGCUGCACCGCGACCUGCUCGCGCACAAGAUCGUGCUGGCGCCCAAGGGCGCGCACGGGAACAAGAAGAUCGCGCUCCUGGCGCGCCUGUCGAAGAACUUCGACCACACGCCGUACUGGCACUGGCGCGCGGAGAACGACGGCUCGCGCUCGCCGGUGUCGCUCGUGGACGCGAUGCGCGGCCGCGGGUCCACGAUCGAGACGCUGCAGGAGUGUCUGGAGGCGGAGAACAAGCGCAAGGAGCAGGAGAAGGUCCCCGACGAGGACGCAGAGGAGGAGGACGCGGCGCCGAAGAUCGUGGAGACGGACUGGAAGUGGCGCGCGCGGGUGAUGCGCGGGGUGUUCUCGACGAAGGCGAGCCUCGAGGAGGCCGAGCGCGACCUGACGGACGCGGCGCUGUACGAGGGCGGGCGCGACGACAACGGGCUGCGCUGCGACCCCGCCGCGCGCAUCUCGUACCCGAACGGGGACACGUACGUCGGCGGGUACAAGGACGACCUGCGCAACGGGAUCGGGAUCUACAUCUUCGCGAACGGCGGCGCGUUCGCGGGGUCGUACCUGGACGGGCUGCGCCACGGGCAGGGCUUGAUGGUGAUGCCGGACAACAGCACGUACAUCGGGGCGUUCGAGAAGGACCGCUUCUGCGGCGAGGGCGAGUACCGCUACCCGGACGGCAGCGUCUACCUCGGGCGGUGGAAGGACGGCCUGCGGCACGGCGACGGCGUGUUUUGGUACCCUGGCCACGAGGCCUGCCUGCGCGGCACGUGGGCGAACAACUUCAUCAACGGGACCGGCGUGCACGAGACCGCGCAGUACCGCUCCGAGGCCACGUUCGCCGCGGGCAUCCCCGGCGGCGACGCCAAGUACACGAUCUCGCACGAGACGCGCGUGCAGGCGCUGGACGUGUUCUCGACGCGGCACGUGCUCUCCGACAACGGGCCGACGCUGACGAUGCCCGGCGCGUACGUGCCGCCGCCGGCCGCGGAGGAGGAGGACGCCCCGCCGCCGGACGACGACGAGGCGCCGCCGCGCUACGACCCGGCGCCCAAGCUGAGCAAGGUGGCGUACGAGCACACGGUGGGCGACGUCGAGGAGUUUCACGACCUCGAGUUCCCCACGCGCGACGUCCCGCAGCCGCGCGACAUCCCCGGGGAUGUAUUGAUUGCCGCUGUCGACGCGCGCCGCCAGAUCGAGCUCGUCCUGGGGCUCGAGGCCGACGCCGCGCUGGACCAGCAGGAGGACAGGCAGGUGCUCGCGGGGCUCGCGAAGCGGCUGGAGGCGUGGCUGACGGCGGCGGAGGGCAACGCUGCGCUGCUGCUGUCGAAGCUGGACGGCACCUGGGGCGUCGAGGCGGGCGAGGACGGCGCGAAGCCGGCGCCGACGCGCACGCACGUGGGGGUGCUGGAGUUCACGGAGGUCCUCAAGGGGCUGGGCGUGGAGGUCACGACGGACGACGAGUCGGUGAUGAUCAAGUAUAGGGAGGUGCGGGAAGAGGGGAUGCGCGAGGGGGAGGUGAACGGCGAGCUGUCGGUGGCGGGCGUGCAGAAGGCGCUCGCGGGGCUCGCUGCGGACGACUCGGGCGCGCCGCCGAAGCUCGGGCCGUUCGGGGAGUGGGACCGGUUCGGAUGGCACAUUUGA